AUGUUAACAUGUGAGCCGCAACUUUCUGAUUAUAUGACUCGACCGAAGGUAGAGUAUGUUCAGAGCAAGCGAGGUGGACGGCAGCUGGUACGAGAUGGCUACCGAUACCAUAUGAAGAGACGGAACAAAUAUGGUUACGUUACGUGGAGAUGCAUCCAUAGAGGCGUUUGCAAUGCUUAUUGUGUUGUAGACAGCGACUCGAGACUCAUGAAAGAUAUAUUUUUACACACUUGUCCCGCUAAAGAAGACUCGUAA